AGUUUGGAAUGCAAAUGAAAAGAGUUGCUCUGGCCCUCCCUCUGCUCCCCUGCUCUGCUCUUUAGCUGCUGCUGCUGCUGCUGCUCUGCUGCUCAGAGCCUGUGAAGACACAGACAGCAAACAGCAGAGAGAAAUGCUGAAGUAGAGUAACAGGAAAAACAACAGACAGAGGAACGAGGCUACGGGACUCACGACAAACGGCACAGAAGAGCCAUUCAGAAGAGCCGGGGGUCAAAGGUGAGAAGAGCAGAGGGCACCAUGGAGAGUGAGCCAGGGGCCCCUGCAGGGACCACCACCACCAACACCACCACCGUCGCCACCUCCUCCUCUCCUAGCACCACAGCUGCAGGCAGUAGUACUACCUCUAACGCUGCUUCUACCACUACCACUACUUCUUCUACCACUUCUACUGGCAGUAACAACACCACCAGUAGUAGUAGUAGUAGUGGUAAUGCUAGCAGCAGUUCCAGUAGUACUACUACGGCGGGCAGACAGGCAGUGCCUCAGAUCUCUGUUUACAGCGGGAUACCUGACAGACAAACAGUGCAGGUGUUCCAGCAGGCGUUACACAGACAGCCUAACACAGCAGCACAGUACCUGCAGCAGAUGUACGCUGCCCAGCAGCAGCAUCUGAUGUUGCAAACUGCAGCCCUCCAGCAGCAGCACAACCUCAGCACCGCUCAGCUCCAGAGCCUGGCAGCUGUACAGCAGGCCAGUAUUGCAGCUGGCAGGCAAAGCUCUACACAGAAUGGCACUUCAUCCCAGCAAACAGGAUCAACUCAGGCUACGAUCAACCUGACCACCUCCCCAGCGGCAGCUCAGCUGAUCAGCCGAGCUCAGAGCAUUAGUUCUGCCCCCACCAGUAUUUCCCAGCAGGCUGUUCUGCUGGGCAGUCCAUCCAGCUCCACUCUCACAGCCAGCCAGGCACAGAUGUACCUGCGCGCACAGAUGGCCCAGCAGAGUAACCUGGUGCAGGUGGCCAGGAGUCUGGGUCGGGCUGUUCCUCUUUCCCCACAGCUCAUUUUCACUCCAACGGCCACAGUGACAGCUGUCCAGUCAGAGAGCUCCACUCAGGCCUCCUCACAGAAUCAGGUCCAGAAUCUGGCCAUUCGCGGCCAGCAGGGGGCGACCUCUGCCUCCUCUCAGACUCUUCAGGCUCUGAGUCUGAAGCAGAGUCCUGUUCCCAUCCAGCCUGCCUCUCUGGUCAAGAACCUCAGCCAAGCCUCUCCAGGAGGGAAGACCGGCUCCUUGGACUCUUCAUCUGAGGGAGGGAAGAAGGGGGAAAGCGUUGCAGUUACAGAAGUCCGAGCUAUAAACAUGAGCCGCCAUGUCACGGCUGUCAGCGCUCAGUCAUUGAUUGCUCCAGCAUACACGCAGAUUCAGCCUCACUCACUGGUUCAGCAGCACAAGCAGCAGCAGCAGCAGUUUGUGGUCCAUCAGAGUCAAGCUUCCCAGAGGGCAGUGGGGCAGCUGCUGCAGACCGCCUCCAUUCAACCCUCACAGCACCCCGUCCCUGUGCUGCCCAAACCGGCUCCAAACCAGCCCUCCACGCCCAGCCAGCACGCCACCAUCUUCCACUCCACCAUCAGCCCCCACGCACUCCACUCCUCCCUCAACCAUGCCAAAGCUCAGCCCGUCCAGCUCACGGCCAUCAACCUGCAAAUACAACCAACGGCCUCGAGAAUGGUUCAAGACUGUAAAGAUAAGCCGACGUCGCUGGUGGUCAGAGAGACGUGUCAGACCCCGGCCACGCCACAGCAGCAACAACAACCACAGCAGCAACAACAGCAACAACAGCAACAACAGCAGCAACCUGCGACAUCACUGUCACAACCCAGUAAGCCUGUGGAGCAGCAGAAGGUCGACCUGGUGGCACCAGCUGUUCAGACACAAGGAGGGGGCUCAGCCAAGAGGCCUACCGCUGCACCUGGGACCCCGCCUCCAGCCAUGACCUCGGGGAACGAGAGCGAGGCGCCCACCGUGACGGGCAGCACGCCGCAGAACGGAGAGAACAAACCGCCCCAGGCCAUCGUCAAGCCGCAGGUCCUCACUCACGUCAUCGAAGGCUUCGUCAUCCAGGAGGGAGCCGAGCCGUUCCCUGUGUGUGUGGAGCGUCUGCCCAUUCUCAUCGACAGCCCGAAGAAGCUGGAUCAUCAGCUCUCGUCAGACCCCGACAAAACCCCAGUCAGCAACGCAGCAAACAGCGACUCUGAGCCCGAGGACAUGAACCCGCCAGAAAAAGAGCAGGAACCAAAGCUGACGUGUGAAUACUGUGGCUGGGUGGACUUCGCCUACACGUUUAAAGGGUCCAAAAGAUUCUGCUCCAUGGUUUGUGCAAAGAGGUACAACGUGGGCUGUACGAAAAGGAUCGGCCUUUUCCAUCCGGAGAGGAGUAAACCGACCAAUCGCUGGCGUAAAAGACCUCAAGGCCGGCCCAGUAUAGAAGCUAAGAAACAGAAGCUGUCCCCGUCGCCGCAGCAGACUCAGGGGGGCUCUGUGUCCUCGCUUCAUCUCUCUCAGCCCAGCCAGGAGGAGUCCAGCCCGUGUUCAGACAUGUCCAGCUACGAGGAGCCGGCGUCCCCCCUGUCUGCGGCCAGCUCGGGGCCGCUGGCUCCCACUCCAGCCCCCACUCAGGUCCCCGUCCACCGGCAUCCCAGCAGAGCCUCCGACCAGGACGUGCUGAGUGGCAGAGACGAGCCUUCACCCUGUCAACGCUUCAUACCCAAUGACCCUGCCAGGUGGAACGUGGAGGAGGUGUACGAGUUCAUCCGCUCACUGCCAGGCUGUCAGGAGAUAGCAGACGAGUUUCGCUCUCAGGAGAUUGAUGGACAGGCCCUGCUGCUGUUAAAGGAGGACCACCUCAUGAGCACCAUGAACAUUAAACUGGGACCCGCGCUCAAAAUCUUUGCACGCAUCAACAUGCUCAAAGACUCUUAGCAGGAAAUCUGUUUGUGUGUGUGUGUGUGUGUGUGUGUGUGUGUGUGUGUGUGUGUGUGUGUGUGUGUGUGUGUGUGUGUGUGUGUGUGUGUGUGUGUGUGUGUGUGUGUGUGUGUGUGUGUGUGUGUGUGUGUGUGUGUGUAAUCGUGUGAGAGGAGAACAGAGUAUAAAACUUUGGCACAGGGCAGAUGAUGCGUCACAGCAGCACCGACAACACAGACUGACAGCAGUAUGACCUCACUGUCUCCCCACUGCAGGACUGGUUAAUUUAGCUCAUGUUCAUAUUGACCUGCAUCUGCUCCAAAGAGUCACACUGGGAGAUAAAUACACUCAUGAGGGUGAAGCAGAGCAAGUUGGAAACAAUGCAGGCAACAGACUGAAGUAAAAUCUGUAUCAACUGUUAUAUCAGUGUUGAUUACAACCUCAAUGAUUAGCAUUUUAAACGAGUAAGAAAAGUAAAUCUGGAUUUAUGACAGCUGCAAUAUGCAGGCGAGGGCUGCAAAUUGAAAUACUAUCACAAUAUACCCAAGACCACAAACCAUAAUGUAGAAGCUGCAACUUUUUAUAAAGGUCAAAUAUGCUGAAAAUGCACACUAUGCAUAAUAUGCAUAAUAGGCAUAAUAAUCUAAGUAUUCAUUCCCAAACAAGCGGUAACCUCCGGUCUAACAAUGAGUCCAAUGUGGAAGUGUUAGAAACUGCAGUUCAUCGAGGAUCCACUUGAGACUGGCUCUGGACUGGUUCCGGACGUGAUGCUUUCACACAGUGUCUCGCGCUUAAUUCACGCAGGUAAUUCACACCGGGGUCUGAAAGUCAGAAUGAAGUCAGGGAUGAGCAGAUUUGGCUUUGAAAAGGUUUAGGAAUAAACACACAUUAGAUUAAAUGCUAUCAGAUCCCACAGAAAUGAUCUGGAUGUGCUAAGCCAGGUGUUAACCCUGGACAGGCUUUAUUAUGUAGUCAUUUAAUAUGUUUAUUUCAUGUCAACAGGAGAGCGUUGCAUUGCCUCCUCUGCAAAUAAAAUCUCAGUCCAUACAGCAGCAGCAUUCAACCCGAGUCAUGCUGGGUUGUGUAUCUAUUAAGCACAUAAAGAUCUGAUCAGUAAUUACUAAUACAAGAUGUAGAUGCAAACGUCUUCUAUCAGUCAUCAUCCUGAUAACACUGAGAUAUUCAUGUUACCAGCAGGUAGAAAUGUGGUUGUUGAUGUGGCCUGAGACAAACUCUGAUGAAGUUAUCAGAAAAAAGUGAAGAAGAUGAAACAGUGCAUGUUCAGCUGUGGAUGGGUGGGGUCAUACUGCAGCACCGUCUGUACUGAAUUAAAGCAUUAAAAGGACAAACAGCAGAGACGUCUGAAUUAAUUAUUAUUGUUACUAUGCUACUAAAGAUGUUUUUUGUACAGUUUUGUUAGUGUGUGAAUGUAAGAUAAGGGGCUGGAUGUGUGCCUGGGAACAAAAGAGUGCUUCAUUAAUUUGCUCAUUUUCAUUCAGUUGAUGCUCCUUUUGCCUUUUUCUCACAAUAAGACUCACAGCUCCAGAAUACAAAGCUUGAAUGCAGGAGAGAAAAGGUUGGAGUGGGCUUCUUCUCUGACAUUGAUUUCCUUUUCAGUAGGAACUCUCCUGCAGAUUUCAACAGCUUACAAAUGAUUUUCUGGAGCCGCUUUCUCAAAAUGGUUUACAAAAUAAUGACUUUGAUUUAAUGUCUGAGGACAUCAAGUUCACAGCACAAUUCAGCUCUGUUCUCUUCAUGCAACCCUGUUUCUGGCACUUAUUUUCCCUUUUUCUUUGCUUUAAUUUCAUGGGAUUCACGAUGAGAGAGGCAGCAGUGCAGAGGAGUGUACAUAGAAGAAGUGAGGAAAAAGACUGAUACUCAUUUUUUUAAGUUAAGCUUGUUAUUUUAAGACAGAAAUUUAACACGGUUUAAUAUUUUGAAAUAUGCAAAUGUAUAAUACGGCCUGGGAGUUGUUUUGUAAUGGUUUUUUUCUAACUAAAAUAUGAUCAUAUCGAUUUGUGUGUUUGUGGAUGUGAUGGAAGGUCAACUUUUUUAGAUAAGGCUUUGUCAAAUGCUUGUAUUUAUCAAGAACAGUUUGUAACAACAUUUUGCAAUUAUAAAUAAUUUGCAAUACA